UUCGCGAUUGUAGCUGAAGGCCUUACGUAGAAGAAAGCGAAGAGAAUGACUAAUUACCCUGGAUACAGGGAUGGGGAUCGGGGCUACUACAGUGCUUAUAAGGGCAAUGUUUGAUCGUAUAUCGCAACAUAACCCAUUCAAGUCCUAACUUUAAACAUCUAAGCUCUGCUGGGCGCUAAACUUUGUAGUGCGCUUGCGCCUUGCCCUUGGCGGCGUGGUUGCUAGGAAACUGCGAAGCCGCGGUCCUGGCUUCAAAUCUCUCUCGACCAUGGCCAAAUUCGUCAUUGCGGGUAGAGCAGAUUGUCCAUAUUAUGCUAAAACAGAACUUCUGGCAGACUAUUUACAAAAGAAUCUUCCUGAUUUUCGGAUACAUAAAAUCACACAACGUCCUGAGGUUUGGGAGGAUUGGCUAAAAGAUGUGUGUGAAAAGAAUAAAUGGAGUCACAAGAAUUCCCCCAUCAUCUGGAGAGAGCUGUUGGAUCGUGGAGGCAAGGGUUUGCUUUUGGGAGGAUAUAAUGAGUUCCUGGAGCAUGCCCAGCUUUACUAUGAUGUCACCUCUAGCAUGACGACUGAGCUGAUGCAGGUAAUUGCUCAAGAGAACCUGAGGACACAUAUAGAAAAAGAGCAGGAGGAGGAAGCCCUGAAAACUUGCGUCAACCCCUUGCAGAUCUGGAUCACCAGUGCCUCUGCUCCUGCCUGCUACAACCUAAUUCCCAUAUUAACGAGUGGUGAAGUGUUUGGGAUGCAGACGGAAAUUAGCAUAACUCUGUUUGACAACAAGCAGGCUGAAGAACAUCUCAAAAGCCUAGUGAUGGAGACCCAGGACCUGGUGUCACCGGUCCUGCGCAGCGUCUCCAUCUGUACGACGGUAGAAGAGGCCUUCCGCCAGGCCCAGGUCAUUGUGGUGCUGGACGACACCACCGACAAGGAGGUGUUCACUCUGGAGGACUGCCUCCGAAGCAGGGUGCCCCUGUGCAGGCUCUAUGGGGACCUGAUAGAGAAAAAUGCUGAUGAGUCCGUCAGAGUCAUCGUGGGCGGGAAAACCUUCGUGAACCUGAAGACAGUUUUACUCAUGAGAUACGCCCCACGCAUCGCACACAGCAUUAUUGCAGUGGCACUGGGGGUGGAAGGUGAAGCGAAAGCCGUACUGGCCAGAAAACUGAAGACAACUCCCUCAUACAUUAAAGAUGUGAUAAUUUGGGGCAAUAUCAGUGGAAAUAAUUACGUUGAUCUGAGAAAAACAAAGGUGUACAGAUAUGAGAGUGCCAUUUGGGGACCUCUUCAUUAUUCACGCCCUCUUUUAAACUUGAUUUUUGACAGUGAGUGGGUAAAAAGAGAAUUUGUGGAAACUCUUAAAAACUUAACUGCCACAGGAAGACAAUUUGGAGGCAUUUUGGCUGCACACAGUAUAGCCACUACAUUGAAAUACUGGUACCAUGGCUCACCGCCUGGGGAGAUUGUAUCUUUAGGAAUAUUGAGUGAAGGCCAGUUUGGUAUUCCUGAAGGGAUCGUCUUUUCUAUGCCUGUGAAAUUUGAGAAUGGAACUUGGGUGGUUCUUACAGAUCUCAAAGAUAUUGAAAUAAGUGAACAAAUAAUGACCAGAAUGACAAGUGAUCUAAUUCAGGAGAAACUUGUUGCACUUGGAGACAAGAUACAUUUUCAGCCAUACCAAUCAGAAACUGAACUACAUAAAAAAGAUAAAAGGAUCUCCUUACUCAUCACAGACGACAGCCAGGAAGGACAGAUCUCAGAUGGUAGGUAUACUUACACUCAAUGUUUUCAAAUGCCCUUUUUAUUCAAGAGUUAACACUACAUUUCAAAGAAAGAAAUUUGAUCACCCACCAACUAUAAAGUGGGAGUCAAGUUAUCCUAUAUUUAAAAAUAGGAUUAUAUUUAAAAUCUGUUUAAAUCUUUGGAGAAAAAUACCAGAUAUUCACUAAGCACCGUCUAUCUGCUGGAUGCUGUGAGAGACACUGGGGCCACAAUAAGGAAAUGACGGCCCCACUCACUGGGGAAAGGGCCCAUGAGAAUUUGAAAAGGUAAAUCCCAAGACACACCAUGAAUUAAAUGGUUUCAUAUAAUGAGGCAAGAUAGAUGAAAAGGAAGGAAAGUACAUAAUAAGUAGUCUAAAAAUUUACAUGAGGGCCGGGCACCAUGGCUCAUGCCUCUCUAACACCAGCACUUUGGGAGGCUGA